GUUUAUUUCAUUAGAUUUUGCCUCUUCAGUUUUGUGUGCACUGUUUCAUCCUCAUUGUUUGUGCUUUGGACUUGUUUCCAAAGGGGUUUUUUCUGUUGACUGUUUAUGUUAAUUCCAGUUUUUUUCAUUUCAUCUAUGUUUGGUCUCAUGAUCAAUAUUUUUUACUGUUUCCUAGCAACAAGGGGUGACUCAACUUUUACAUCAUUCUCCCCUAUUUGCAGAAACAUGACAGAGUGAGAACUCCAGCAGCGGACUAUCUUUGACGUGUUUUUCUUCCGUAACCUUGUCAACAAGAAUUUAGGCAGUUAUUAGAAAGUAAAUAACUGCUGAAUGCAGUACAUACGCUUUGCACCUUGGAAAACGUUUGUGUUUGUAAGUAUUAAUGGCAUUUGGAAUAGACUUAGGCCUGUUGUUUUUCCUUUGGUUACUUAAUUGUAGAGUAGGGUACGUAAUCUUUGAGUGUAACAUUAAGAUGUUUGUAUUAUCUAGCAAUGUAUUUUUCUUUCUGUUAUAUUUCAGUUACAAAAAUCCACUUAUAAAAGUUCUCCAUGUAAGAAAAGCAAACCUUUGCGUGAGUGGAGACGUUUUAUUAGUUGUUCGUAGCUUUGUAGCUACGGUACACAUGGUCAUGUUAUGAGGACAGCAUAUCACAUUGCAGACUCUCAGCGGGAUUCAUAAUAAUAAUAAUAGAUUUUAUGUAUAAUGCCCUUUAUACCUUUAGAUCUCAAAGGGCAGGAAACAGAAAAACACAAACAAUUGUAAUGUAUAAAAAAUGAAUAGACACAUUCAAUUCCAUCAUAUCUCUGGUUGUUUGUUUUAAGUCACUGUUCAACUGGAAGGUAAAACUCCACUCCACCCACAAUUUGUUUCCAACAGGUUUUCUAUCAACCGUCCUAUGAGACCAGCUUCCCCACUCCAUGAUCCUGCUACCACCAUGCUUGGUGGUGGUGUUUUUUUCUUACCGAUCUUCCACAAAGACCAAAUUUGUGGAGUGCUUAAAUAAUAAUUAUCUUGUCAAUAUAUUCUGUCACCUGAACUGUUUCUCUUUGUCCCACUACAGCAUCCUUGCACUCCAUUUUUGAAUGAUGCUUUAUCUAGGAGAUAUUCAAAGCACUGGAUAUUGUUUUCUAACUGAACCAUAUGCUUCUCCACAACUUUAUCUCGGACCGGUCUGCUGUGUUCUUUUGUCUUUGUGACACUAAACUGUCUCACAAUUAAGCCUUACUUUGUGUAGUUCAAUCACAUAAAACCCUAACGGAAUAAAUAGAAGUUUGUGGCUUUAACUUGGACAAAAUGUGAAAAAGUUCAAGGGUGGGAAUAUUUUUGCAACAGUAUUCCCACUGUGUUGUAAGUAACAGCCAUUAUCCAUAUUUUAAUAAUAUUUUGUAGAGACAAGUACAUUUAUAAAACCUGUUAGGAUAAGAAUAGAAAUUAAACCAAAAUAAUAUUUAAAAAUCAACACAUGUACUUUGGAACCGCCGUGCAGCCUGAACAAGACAAAAAUAGUUUUGUUUGCACCGACGUAGGGCGUUUUUAAAGCUCACGUGGCAUUUGACAGCAGCAGCGAAAGUCUGUGUUCCUCAUGGGAUCCUGUCUGAGGCCCAUCACCCGGUAACCUCGCUGCCUGUUUGGAAAUUAGCUCCAAAGACAUCCAGAAUCCCUACUUUCAGAGGGUGGUUCUGCCCGUCUGCUAUGGUCUCACCUCCUAGCACAAACGUCACAGCAGAAGAAGAGACGUCCCCCUCACCCCACCAGACCCUCAGCCUGCCGACUAUAGUACUAUUAUAGUUCAAGCAAAGGCUAAUUGUUGGUCAUUUACAAAGGCUGCACAGUCCAAGCCUGCGGAUGGCAUUUCUGCCUCUCUCUACUGGGAGACGAUGUUGCUGCUUGUAGGUUUCACGCUCCUCUGCUUCUGCUGCUGGGCAUCUUUCUACUUCAUCUUGUGCUUCUUCAAUGCACAUAGGAGCGACGAAUGGAACUGUCGCCUCGUCACUUUGGUGCACGGCAUGGUGGCGGUUUGCAUCACAGCUUACAUAGGGUAUGUGGAUGGACCCUGGCCAUUCAGUGAGCCAGGCACCAAGAACACCCCCUUACAAAUAAGUGCCUUGGUGAUCAGUCUGGGCUACUUCAUUUUUGACAUGGCCUGGUGCUUGUACUUCCGCACUGAGGGACGUGUCAUGCUGGCCCACCACACCAUGACAAUUCUGGGAAUCAUAAUAACCCUGUGGCUGGGCGAGUCCGGAAUCGAAUCGUGCGCCGUUCUCUUCGGCAGCGAAAUCACCAACCCCCUCCUGCAGACGCGCUGGUUCCUCAAGCAGACGGGACGCUACGAGACUCCGCUCGGGGACGCUGUGGAUGUCAUGUUUGUACUGCUAUUUGUUGUGAUGCGAAUCUUUGUGGGAGGUACAAUGCUGUACUGUGAGCUGAUCUCUCCGAAACCCUUAUUCCUCAUCAAGUGUGGAGGAGUGGCCAUGUACGCUCUGUCCUGGGCCUUCAUGGUGGACAUUGUUGGCUUUGUAAUACGGAGGGGCAAGAGAUGGCACCAGGAGAGAGACCAACGGCGGAAGGUUGCAGCUAAGAAGCACUGACUGACAUUUCGGCCUCCGAACGAAGUCAGUUUACCUGACUUUAUAUCAGCUUCUCGCUUCAGACACUCAGUGGAUUUUUUCAGUCUGCAGGAAAAUCAGCUUUCUGCAUUGACAGAUUUAGAAUUUUUUUUUUUUCCGCGUAAAUGGAAUACACUAUGCCAUCUUUUUGAAAAGUCUACUAUGUGUGCAUUAAAAAAAUAUAUAUUUUAGUUUUUAUGCACCUGAUGAUUGUUAUUUCAAAGGUACAAACAACAUGUUUAUAACGAGGACUGAAAACCAAAGCACUUUUAUAAAAACACAUGUUGCUUUCAGCUGCUGUGAACUGUGGCCCAGUCAUUUGUGGUGGUGCUGUUCCAAACAGGGAGUUUACAAUUUAGAAAGCGAGACGGUCAGACCUAGGGGUGGCUGUUGAGCAGUUUUUGUCAGACAAUAACAUUAAGACAGCUUUCUUUCAGUUGUUUUGUUUUGUUUGCUCUAAGAGAAACACAGUGCUUAUUUGAAAACACAAUACAGUUUGAGACAUUUUUUUUCCCACUUGCAUUGUGAAUGCGCUAAUAUGAUAGAUCUACGCAAAAUCCUGCGACGUUGUACUUCAUUUCCUUUCUGUGUGAGCUAAAAUGAUCCUGAAUUACUUAUUAACAUUUUACCUUUAUUUGUUGUAUAAAAGCCUCAUUUAAUUGUAAUACAGUAAAAAAAAAAAAGCCCAGUGUAACUAGUU